UAUCUAUAUAUGUGUUUGUUAGCUACGUCUGUAUAUAUUCUCUAGCUCUGAGUAAGAAUACCAUUUGAGCGUCAGAAUUGCGUACACAGCCAAGGAAUUGACUUCCUUUGUCGCGUUGCUAUUUUAUCGUUCUUCAUUCCUGUUGAAACCUAGUAAUCAUCUGUAGAAUUUGAUCAGCGUACAAUUUCGAAGUUUUGUUUCAGUGAUUGUUGCUAGCUCUAACUAGUUGUUUUGUUUUUAUUUGGUGAUUAUCCAUUUUUUAAUAAGAUGGAAAUGGAAAAAUUACAGGAGUUUAUGGAAUUGCUUGGUCGAUUAAAGCAUAUGAAAAGAACAGGAUGGGUAAUUAGAAAUAUUCCUGAACCAGAAACAAUAGCUGGCCAUAUGUAUAGGAUGGCAAUGCUUUCAUUCCUAGUGGAUAAUAAAGAAAAUUUGGAUAAAGUCAAGAUCAUGCAGAUGGCUUUAAUACAUGACUUAGCAGAAUGUAUUGUGGGAGACAUAACACCUCACUGCGGUGUACCACUUGAAGAAAAACAUAGGAGAGAGGAUGAAGCUAUGGAGGAUAUCUGUAAAUUGUUGGGGGAUAAAGGUCCUAUGAUAUUAGAAAUGUUUAGAGAAUACGAAAAACAGGAAUCACCAGAAGCGAGAUAUGUUAAGGAUUUGGAUAGAUUAGAUUUAAUCAUGCAGGCUUAUGAGUAUGAAAAGAGAGACAAUGUUCCUGGAGAGUUGGAGGAAUUUUUUGUUGCAACUAAUGGAAAGAUUAGACAUCCUUUUAUUAAUAAAAUAGCUUGUGAAAUUACUGCAAGAAGAGAAGCUCUAUGUCACAAUUCAACUAGUUCGAAAUGA